AUGAACCAGAGCUUCCUCUAUACGGCGCUGUCUCUGACUGCCUACAGCCCCCCAGGCCUGCUGAACUAUGUCUUCUUCGUGCUCUGCCUGCUCCUGUAUGUGUUGACUCUGUGUGCUAAUGUUCUUCUGAUUGCUCUGAUCCUCAGUGACCCCAACCUCCUCAAGCCCAUGUACACCUUCCUGCUGCACCUGGCUCUCAAUGGCAUCGUGGGCUCGUGCGCUGUGUGUCCCAAGGUGAUGCAGAGCCUGCUGUCCCGCGAUCCCUUCAUGUCCUACGGGGGCUGUCUGCUGCAGGUGCUCUUCGUCAAUGUGUAUGGGUCCUGUGCCUACGCCAUCCUGGCGGUGAUGGCUUACGACCGCUACAUCUCCAUCUGCAAGCCGCUGCAGUACCACACCAUCAUCACCCCCGGCCGGGUCCGGGGGCUGCUGGCCGCCGCCUACCUGUUCCCCGUGGGGCUGACGGCGGUGCAGGUGUACCUCACGUCUCAGCUGCCCCUCUGCCGCUUCGCCGUCAACAAGAUGUUCUGUGACAACCUGGUGGUGGUGAAGCUGGCGUGCUUCAGAAGAGACCUGGACAACGUGUACGGCCUGUUCAUCGUCUGCAGCCUGGUGCUGUUCCCCUUGGUCUGCGUGCUGCUCUCCUACAUGCAGAUCUUAUCCGUCAGCUGGAGGGCCUCCAAGGCCUCGCAGCGGAAAGCCCUGAGCACCUGUGCUCCUCACCUCAUCAUCUUCAUCAACUUCUCCACCAUCAUCUUCUACUCUGUGCUGUACAACCGGAGGGACAGCGUGUCGGUGCUGGGGAACUUCCUGAACUCCACCCUGUUCGCCCUGCUGCCCCCCCUCUUCCACCCCCUGGUGUACGGUCUCAGGACCAAGGAGAUCCAGCGCUCCAUCCAGAAGCUGCUCCUCGCCGCCCCGCCCCGCCCCGGCCCGGCGCUGCCUCACCUACGGGUCGUACCUGUCGACCGGAGUCCGCAUCCGGCCUCACGGCGGCUGGGGAGCUGA